CAGCUGCCGUCACUGACAAGAAAAAGAAGGAAAAACUCGAUGACAUGGGGCAGAACAGUUCGCUUUCGUCACGUUUUCGCGAUAAAAGCGAGCAGAGCCUCCAGCGGCGAUAACCUGUCGCCGUGGAUGAACAGCUUCCAGAGGACAGCGUACCGAAUCCAGCCACAAUAUGAAAGCGUUCAUCGUCGUUUGUCUUCUUUCGGCAGCCGCCCUGACGAGCGGGCGAAGAGCUGGUCGCUUGGGGAGUGACAUCGAUACUAGAGGUCGUAUACGCGGUCAUCUGCGUUCCGGCAUCGAGAGAAUCGGUCCUAAUGGACACCCAGGGGUUUCCGCCUCCAUAGGAGGUGAACUGGGCGCAACAGUCGGUGGACGUGCCGGCGUGGGAGUAAGCAGCUACGGCUAUGGUGGCCCUGAGUGGGGCCCUCAGUGGGGCCCUGGUUUCGGAGGUUAUCCGAAUGGAGGAUACGGCGCAUAUGGCCCAUACGAUGGAUACGGCGGAUACGACGCAGGUUUUGGCUCUCCGUAUGACGGCGGAUAUUAUGGCGCCAAACAGGGCUAUGGCUACUACAGUGGAUACGGUUCACACGGCGGCUACUACCCUUUCCCUGCGUACCCUGGUGGCUACCCCCGUGGCCGCGCACGUGCUCCAGCUCGUGCCGUACAUUCGUAAGGGUGCUAUUCCUGUUACCUACUUCACUCCACUCUGAAGAAGUUGCAACUUUUUCUUCGUGCUGUUAAAAGG